UCUGCCUGUAGGUUCGUACCCGAACUGGGACAGACAGCGAGAUUUGAUCAACUUCACUUCGGUCUCGGUGUUGAGUUCGAUGCCCACUUAUCUCAGGAGGGAUGAUCUGAUCUGAUCUGAUCUGAUCUUAUUGUUGCGCUGCGGGGAUAUGAUGGUCGGAACACUGCGCACCGGAGAACCGCGAUACCUACCAUGUGUAAAGCUUUAGAGGAGCAACAGCGUGUGGAUAGUGAAGCUGAGGAUUUACUGAAAUUUCACUGCUGAAGUUUGCGCACACACACACUCGUACACACACACACACACACCCACACACACACACUUGGACCGGAGCGACAUGACGCACAGUCAGGACUGAACACCGAAUCACUGAGCAGGACCUCGAGCGCCGCUGAAGAUGGAUCCAGCACUGAUGGGAUCGCUGUGGCUUCCGUUUUUGGUUCUUCUCAGUGGCGUGUCGUUGGGAGUGGUGGAACUGGAGAUGCUGCCUCAGCACGGAGGUUCUUCUUCCCUGAAGAACAUCACGCUGGCCGUCAUCUUACCCCUCCAUAACACAGACUACCCGUGGGCAUGGCCUCGAGUGGGUCCGGCUCUGAACUGGGCCGUGGAGAAGGUGAACUCGGAUCCGACGCUCCUCCCGGGCUACCGCAUGCGCCUGGUCCUCAGCAGCAGCGAGAACAAGGAAGGGCUGUGCUCGGACUCGGUGGCGCCCCUUGUGGCCGUGGAUCUGAAGUUCGCUCACGAUCCGUGGGCCUUCAUCGGACCGGGCUGCGACUACGCGGCCUCGCCGGUCGCCCGCUUCACCACUCACUGGGAGGUGCCCAUGGUGACGGCCGGGGCGGCGGCGAUGGGGUUCAACCUGUACCCGUCCAUUACCAACAUGGGGCCUACGCACGAGAAGCUGGGCGAGUUCGUGGUGAAGAUGCACCGGGACUUCGGCUGGCACAAGUACGCCAUGUUCCUGUUCCACGACCAGAAGAACGACGACCGGCCGUGUUACUUCACCGUGGAGGGACCGUACACGGAGAUGACCGACGAGAACAUCACCGCUGACCACAUCUCCUUCAACGAGGACGAGUUCGUACCCUACGCCAACCUCAUCAAUGAUGUCAGCCAGCAAGCACGCGUGGUGUACGUUUGCUGUAAGCUGCAGACCUUCAGGAAGCUGAUGGUGCAGUUCUGGAAGCAGCAGCUUCCUCCGGAGGAAUACGUCUUCUUCUUUAUCGAUCUGUUCGGAGAGAGCGUGCAGAGCCGCCCGGCCAAACCGUGGGCUCGGGGGGACGCCGACGACCAUGCCGCCAAAGAGGCCUUCAAGAGCGUAAAGAUUCUGACCUACAGAGAACCUCAGAACAAGGAGUAUAAACAGUUUGUGUCCAAGCUGAAGACCGACGCCAAGAGGAUGUUCAACUUCAGCCUGGGAGACUCGCUGAUGAAUCUGAUCGCCGGUGGUUUCCACGAUGGAGUUCUGCUCUACUCUCACGCCCUGAAUGAAACCAUGAGCCAGUCGGGACAGAAACCACCGGGCAACGUGGUCACCAAGAGGAUGUGGAACCGCACUUUUAACGGUGUGACGGGUUUGGUGGAGAUGGAUAAGAACGGCAACCGGGAGAUCGAUUUCGCUCUGUGGGACAUGACUGAUACUGAGACUGGAGUUUAUCAGAUCGUCUCGGUGUAUAACAGCAGUCUGAAGCAGAUGGUUCCAGAACCAGGGAUGAAGGUGCACUGGUUGAAGGGGGUUCCUCCUCCAGAUAUACCAGUCUGUGGUUUUAAGAACGACAAUCCAGCCUGUCUGGCCAGGACGGUCACCAUGCACCAGAUGAUCUCCAUAGUGGUGUGCUUCAUCUUCAUCAUCAUCGUCACCGUCACCGUCUUCGUCUACAGGAAGGUGAAGCUGGAGAACGAGCUGGCGGCUCAGUUGUGGCGGGUGCACUGGGAGAAUAUUCAGAUCAAUAACAUGGAGAAGACGCUGCGCAGAACCUGCAGCAGAUUGACGCUGUCCAUGAGAGGCUCCAACUACGGUUCGCUACUGACCAUGGAGGGAAACGUCCAGAUAUAUGCCAAGACCUGUUACUACAAGGGAAACAUUACGGCCAUUAAGUAUGUCAACAAGAAGCGCAUCGAGCUCACCAGGAAGGUUCUGUUUGAACUCAAACACAUGCGUGAUGUGCAGAACGAACACCUGACCAGGUUUAUCGGAGCCUGUAUCGACGCCCCGAACAUCUGCAUCCUCACCGAGUAUUGUCCAAGAGGGAGCCUACAGGACCUGAUGGAGAUCGAGAGUAUCACUCUGGACUGGAUGUUCCGCUAUUCUCUGAUCAACGACAUCGUCAAGGGCAUGGCGUUCCUCCACAACAGCGGCAUCGGCUCCCAUGGCAACCUGACGUCCUCCAACUGCGUGGUGGACAGCCGCUUCGUGCUGAAGAUCACCGACUACGGCCUGGCCACCUUCCGCAAGGAGGGCAACUCCGACGACACGCACGCCUACUACGCACGUAAGCUGUGGACGGCUCCGGAGCUGCUGCGUGCCGAGAACAGCCCCCUGUGCGGCACGCAGAAGGGAGACGUGUACAGCUUCAGCAUCGUCCUGCAGGAACUGGCGCUGCUCAAGGGCGUCUUCCAUCUGGACGGUCCCGCGCUCAGCCCCAAACAGAUCGUGGAGCAGUUGGCGGAGGGGCGGUGGCCGUACCUGCGCCCCAUGCUGUGCACCCAGAGCCACAGCGAGGAGCUGGGCGCGCUGAUGCAGCGCUGCUGGGCCGAGGAACCCAACGACAGACCCGAUUUCAACCAGAUCAAAGUGUUGCUCCGCAAACACAACAGAGGCUACGGCUCGAACAUCCUGGACAACCUGCUGUCGCGUAUGGAGCAGUACGCGAAUAACCUGGAGGAGCUGGUGGAGGAGAGGACGCAGGCGUACCACGAGGAGAAGCGCAAAGCCGAAGCGCUGCUCUAUCAGAUCCUGCCUCACUCCGUGGCGGAGCAGCUGAAGCGAGGCGAGACUGUGCAGGCCGAGGCUUUCGACUCGGUCACCAUCUACUUCAGCGAUAUCGUGGGAUUCACAGCGCUGUCUGCAGAAAGCACGCCCAUGCAGGUGGUGACUUUCCUGAAUGACCUGUACACGUGUUUUGACGCCAUCAUCGACAACUUUGAUGUUUACAAGGUUGAAACCAUCGGCGAUGCGUACAUGGUGGUAUCGGGACUUCCUGUGAGGAACGGGAAGUUACACGCCCGGGAGGUCGCCCGUAUGUCUCUGGCUCUGCUCAAAGCCGUGCACACCUUCAGGAUCCGCCAUCGACCCGACCAGCAGCUCCUCCUGCGGAUCGGCAUCCACACCGGUCCUGUGUGUGCUGGUGUUGUCGGGCUGAAGAUGCCCAGGUAUUGUUUGUUCGGUGACACAGUGAAUACAGCCUCACGCAUGGAGUCCAACGGAGAAGCGCUGAAGAUCCAUGUGUCGGAGGCCACGCGGUCCGUCCUGCAGGAGUUUAACUGCUUCCAGCUGGAGCUGAGAGGAGACGUGGAGAUGAAAGGGAAAGGCAGGAUGAGAACCUACUGGCUGCUGGGGGAGAGCACCAGCGAGUAAACCUGAGCGGAGCACAGGAGGAACCCAUUAUGAUUUCUGCUCGAGUGGAGGGUUAUAUAUGUGGGAUUAUGUAGCAAAAAUGGCUGAUAGCACAUACAGCUUCGAGUCCAGACCGAGAACCACACCGAGGAAUCUGCCGGACGAAACUGCAGACGUUUCUGGAUAUUUCUCAUAGAUGCAGAAACUCUGAAUUCCUCUCAAAGCUUCAGGUUCUCAGUGCUUGUGACUUACAAGGUGAUGGAAUAGACUUAAACAAGGUGGAAUUAAAAUAGUUUGUAAAAAAUAUUGUAUUGUUUCCAUGUGGAGGAACGGACGGAGGUAUGAUCGGUUGUUCGAGGUCGCCAUCUAGUGGUGUGAUGCCACACAUUCGCCUCGGUCUGUUAGGUGUUGGUACCAUUUGUUGA